GCGUACUUUGCCAUUUCGCCGCUGUUUUGUGCAGUACCACCAUGCAUCAGUAUACAAGCAGCUUGCUUUUUAAAUUCUUGUUUGAUGUCAAACGGUUUUCGGUGGUCUUGUAUCGUCAUUUGUUUUGUACGCUUUGCAAGUGAUAUAUCGCACGCCAUCAUCAAGACGAAACAAAUGAUUUAGUAUUCUUUUUUUGCAUUGUAUUAUUUCCGUGUUAUUUUUUUUUUCAUUAGAAUUUUAAGUUUAUUUAAUUAAGUCAUAAAAAUUAUUAGAUUCGAAAGUGGUAUUAAAAAUCAACAAAAAAAACAACAAUGGAAUAUAAUCUGUGGAAGUCGGUGUUGUUGGAUUGGGUUAAUUCAACCGGAUUUUUGGUGCAGAACUAUGAAAAUUUAGGCGAUACACAUAUUGAUACAUUUUUCGUUGCUUUUAAAAAACAAAUCAAGUCAACUCACAUCAAAUCAGAGAAUGUCAUUAGUUUUGUUCGAGAUUACUACAAAGACUUUUAUUUGAAGUUGGACGAUAAACAUAAAGUGCCAGUCGGCGAAUAUGUGUACUUUUAUUCGUUAUUUUUGCAUUUUGCAUGCGUUUUGCAUGCGGAUACGGGUAUACAGCAGAUCUGCAACAAUAUGGUGCGUAAAAACCAAGAAAUGAUCGAAAAAUAUCUCGACUAUCUAUUCAAAAUUGGUAAAUGUGAGCGAGCCAUUGUUCAAAGUGCCAUUGAAGAAGCAGAGAGUUUAGAUUUGGCUAUAGCUCAUGUGAGUCCCAUUACAAGGAGUUUGCAAUCGGUUCUGUCGUCCACAUCGCCGCAAACACCGAAAAGCAAGAUGCUGAACACAUGGAAUUUGGAGAAUCGUAAUUUGAAGGCUCAAUUAGAAACGGAACGUUUCGAGCGUGGUUAUUUGGAGAUGCAGUUGAAUCAAUGCGAAAAGAAGCUGUCCAAAUUGGAUGAAGACUACAAAGAGGCGAUGACUGAAAACAAUUUUCUGAAGAAACAGAUUCAAACGCUUGAUGAAAACGAUCAAAUCCAACAGAAUGCACAAACCGAGGUGACGGUUAAGCAAUUGCGUCGCGAAAUCAAUGAAAAAGAAGAUGAACUACUCAAGCUGACCAUUACAUACAAUGGAGCAAAGGAUGACAUUGAAUUGCUCAAAGAGAAACUCGAAUAUGCCGAAUCGCAAAUCAAAUCGCUCAACAACAAACUGCUCGAUUCGUUUUCCGAGGCAGAAACGUUCAAAAACCAGCUGGAUGACCGAGAGAAAAUGAUUAGUUACGUGAACAACAACAAUAAAGAGCUCACCGAUAUGUUGAAAGAACUGCAAUCAAAUUCGAAAAAGUUGGAUUUCGAUUCAUCAUCAUCGUACGAGCUGCUGAAUUCAACGGCCAACGAUUUGAAUACGUCAAGUUUUUGUGUUAUGGAAGAGAAUUUAGCAAAUGCUGUCGUUGAUAUCCGAUUGAUUGAUCAGCAAAGACAAAAUAUGGCGUUGAAUGAAUCGAUCAUUAGACUUCAAAAUCAGUUAACCGUCCUGCAAGAUGAAGCAACGAAAUUGUAUCAAAUUGUGAAUGAAUCCGGCGAGACUAGCGUUGAGCCGCCAUCUCCAAAUGCCAUAUUCACCACAGUUAACCAGAAAUAUUCCGAAUUAGUUGAUAAAAAUAAAGACCUGCAACAAAAAAUUGAGAGCCAAUGUUCCGAUAUUGCUUUGUUAAAUGAGCAAUCAGGCGGCUUGCAGAGUACAAUCGAUGCACUCAAUGAAAAGUUGCAAUCGGAAGAGAAAAAGAAUGAAAAUCUUCGCAGUCAAAAUCAAAAUACAAUGGUUGAACUUGAGACAGUCAAGGCAACAUUGAAUACAUGCGAAACGCAAAAAGCUGAAUUGAACGCUUCAUUGAUUGAUGCCACUUCUCGAAUGGAGCAAAUUCAGUCUGAAAAACGAGAAUUGAUUGCGAAGCAUUUCGAUGAACUGCGUCACAUUCGAAUGGAGCUCGAAGAGAAGGUGAACGCUGUGAAUAUCACAUUGGAGGCGCAAAUCAAGGAGAAAAAUGGUAUUCAAUCGAAAUUGGAACAUGUUCAAAGUGAAUUAAAUGAAACUAUGGAUUUGCUGGCCAAACAUAAACUUGACAUUGAUGAAAUUAGCAAUGCGUUGUCUUCGGUGCGAAGCGAAAAACAAUCGAUUCAAGAGAAUCUAGUGAAGGCACGAAAAGAGAUCGAUGAGCAGCGUGAAAAAUGCAACGAUUUGGCACUUGGAAAUGCUAAUCUUGAAAAGAACAUUGUAACGUUGACCGAAAUAAAUGAAAACAAUGUACAGAAAUUGGCCGAUUAUGUCGCGAAAAUUGAGGGGCUCACUUCGGAAAAAGCGGCCCUCAACGAGAAUUUGAAAUUAAACCAAAGUCAAUUGGGAAAUGUUUCGAAGAGCUUGGAGGCAACACAAAAUGAUUUGGCCGCGUUGAAUAGUGAAAAGAAUUCAUUGGAGGUCCAAGUCACUCAGCUGAAUAGUACCAUUGAUGAGUUGACACAGCAAAUAGCCAGUGAAAAAGAAAAAUUCAGUGAGAACCAAACGGAAAUCACUCAGAAAUUGUCACGGAUUCAGAAGGAGAAAGACUCAAUUCAAGAGAAAUUGCAACAGGCCGAAGUCGCAGCCGUGGAUCAACGCAAACAAUUCGAGGCUUUGGCAAAAGAAAAGGAGGCGCUGACAACAACAGUUGAGCAGUAUGCCAAAGACAUCGAUGGAUUGCAGGAUUCAUUGACCAGUCUACAAAUUGAGAAACAAUCAAUUCAAGAGAGUUUGCUGAAGGCACAGAGUGAUAUCGAUGAACAUCGUCAAAGGAAUGAGUCUUUGGAACAAGAGAAGGUAAAAGACCAGGAGAAGAUUGCCGCUUUGACCGAAUCGAAUACCAGGAAUGAAGGUAACAUGGCCGAUUAUGUCACGAAAAUUGAUAAGAUCAUGUCGGAUAAAACUGCUCUCGAUGAGCAUUUGAAAUUCACCCGAAGCCAAUUGGAAGAGGUUACGAAGAGUUUAGAAACAACACAAAAUGAUUUGGAAACAGCGAACAACGAAAAGAAUUCGCUAGAAAGCAAUGUCAGUCAAUUGAUUCGAUCUAUCGACGAAUUAACGCAACGAUUGGUCGAAGAACAACAGCAAUCUCUUGACAAACAAACUGAGGCAACUGAAAAGUUGGCAUCGGUCCAAAAAGAAAAGAACGCAAUUCAAGAGAAAUUGCAACAGGCCAAAGUCGCAGCCGUGGAUCAACACAAGCAAUUCGAGACUUUGGCAGAAGAAAAGGAGGCGCUGACAACAACAGUUGAGCAGUUCACCAAAGACAUCGAAGGAUUGCAGGAUUCAUUGGCUAAAUUACAAAACGAGAAAAGGUCAAUUCAACAGAGUUUGGUUAGCUCAAAAAGUGAUGUCGAUGAACAACGUAACAAAUGUGAGACGUUGGCUGAAGAAAAGACAGAGCUUGAAAGUAAGAUCGCCACUUUAACCGAAAUGAAUAACAACAACGUUGAUAAAUUGGUCGAUUAUGAGGUGAAACUAACCAAAAUCGAUGAGCUUACCUUGGAGAAAGCCGCCCUUGAUGAGAACUUGAAAUCAACUCAAAGAAGAUUGGAGGAGGUUUCAAAGAGCUUAGAAGCCGCUCAAAGAGAUUUGGCCACAGCAAACACCGAGAAAAAUUCAUUAGAAGGCACAGUCGACCAGUUGAGUCACACCAUCAAUGAAUUGAAUCAACAAAUGGUCGAAGAAAAAGAGCAAUUCAGUGCAAAACAUGCGGAAGCAACUGAAAAAUUGGCACUGAUUCAGAAGGAGAAAGACUCAAUUGAAGAGAAAUUGCAACAGGCCGAAGUCGCAGCCGUGGAUCAACUCAAACAAUUUGAGUUUUUGGCACAAGAAAAGGAGGUGCUGACAACAAAAGUUGAACAGUACACCAAAGACAUUGAAGGAUUGCAGAGCGAAAAACAAUCCAUCCAAAUGAGCUUGGAACAGGCACAAACUAAAGUCGACGAGCAACGCAAAAAGAAUGAGACUUUGGAACAGGAAAAGAUGGCAGUUGAAGAGAAGAUAGCCACUUUGAUUGAAUCAAAUAACAACAAUGAAGUAAAACUGACUGAUUACGAGAUGAAACUAACCAAAAUCGAUGAACUUACCUCGGAAAAAGCCGCCCUCGAUGAAAACUUGAAAUCAGCUCAAAGCAAAUUGGAGAAGAUUUCAAAGGGCUUAGAAGCCGCUCAGAAGGAUUUAGUCGUAGCAAAUACCGAAAAGAAUUCAUUGGUCAGCAAAGUCAUUGAGUUGAAUCGCACCAUCGAUGAGUUGACACAGCAAAUAGUCAAUGGCAAAGAGCAAUUCAAUGAAAAACUCACGGAAGCAACUUGGAAAUUGACAUCGGUCCAGAAAGAAAAGGACUCAAUUCAAGGGAAAUUGGAACAGGUUGAAGCUACGGCCGUGGAUCAAGGCAUGAAAUUCGAUGUUUUGGUGCGAGAAAAUGAAGUGCUAACAACGAAAAUUGAACAGUACACCAAAGACAUUGAAGGAUUACAGGAUUCAUUGAACAAAUUGCAAAGUGAAAAUAAAGUGUUGCUCGAGUCGGCCACUAACAAAGAGCAACUAAUCUCACUAAACGAGCAACUCGUCCGUAUGGAGAAGAACUACAACGAAAAGAUGGAAAUGUGGAAAAAGGAGAGGGAGAAUCUGAUUCAAGAUGUGAAAAUUUGCCGUGCCAAAUUGAUGAAGGAGCGUGAAGCACACGAGCAAAAGGACAGAGAGUACAAGGACAUGAGAAAUGGCUUUGAGGAGAAACUCGAAAAGAUGAAGGAGCGAAUGAAAUCUUUGUACAAGGAAGAAAUGGCCAAAGUUCAAGACAAACACGAGAAACAACUGGCUGAAUUGGUCACCGAAAACCGAAAAUACGCCGACAAAUUGAUAUUCUACGAUGACAAAACCAAAGAGUUCUCAUCCCAAAUCCAUGCAUUGAACGAAGAAAAGUUGAUGUUGUUGAAGGAGCAUGAGAUUAUGAAAUCCAAAUUGCGUACGUAUGAAAUUGGAACGACAUUAAAUGGCGGCAAUAACACCACCAACGCUUCGAAGUUCUUUGGAAAGAUCACGGGUGGAAACUUCCGAAUGGAAGAUGAAGAAGGUGAACUCUUCGAUAACACCUAUUUGGAUGAGUUGAAGGGUGGUGCGCUUACGGGUCGUGAAUCAUUGACAUUCGAAGAGAUUCAACGUCGUAAUUCAAUGUUGCCUCCACAUCUGCGAUCAUCGUACAUGCCACAAUUUACCGAAAAUGAACCAAAGACAAAUGAAAACACGUUCAAGUCAUUAGAUGACAGUAUGUUCAGCACUCAGAGCGAAUCGGUUCGUCGUGGUCCAGCUUAUAAACGUCCGGGUCCGCCAACACCCAGCAAAAAUGGUGGUCGAUUGUCAUUGGGCGGUGCUGAUCUACCCCGAGGUGAUGUACUCCGUGAACAGAAUGGUGGUUUCGAGCGUCCAUCGAUCGGUGGCAACACAAACAAAACAUCAAAGAAAAUUACACCCGGUAAAUUAUCGCGCAUAUUUUCUUCGUCGAAACUUAAGGAUGAGGAAAAAGAGAAUGAUCAUCAAACAUGCGGUCGUAGUACACUUCAUCAAUUGGAAAAGUUGUUUUUCAGUACGUCAACUCCGCGACGUCGCAAUGCCAGACGUUCUUCAAUGCCAAAGUUUGACACCACUACCAGUUCAUUUUUUGGACUGGCCAACACUUCAGUAUCAAAGAUCGAUUCGAAAUUCACGGCUGAUUCCAAACGGUCAUCAUCGUUAUCACGAAAUUUAUUCGCGCAAACACGACGAGUCUCGCAAAAAAUUCUAUGUUCAGUCGAUAAACGAGCGGCAAAUGUUGACUCAACGCCCGAAUACGAGAAAGUUCAUUGUGAUUCAACGAAAUUGGUAUCAUCGCGAAAGUCAUUCAUCAAAAAACGUAGUUCAAUGCUUAAAAAGCGAGCACAACAAACAAAAACACAAAAGGAAAAACGGUUAGCGGCGUACAAUAAAUUUCGGCGCAUGUCAAAAGUUGAUCGUGCUGUCGAUGAAACAUACUCAAUUGGCGGCGGGUUGAAUAGCACGGGAGCAACAUACGAUUUGGACAUGGGUGAAACCACCUACGAAUCGGAUAUCCUGAAUUUUCAGGCGGAAAUGAACCAAUGCCAAGGUCCAGUCGAAAUUAUCGUUCAGCCUACAGAGGAUGAGAUUGACUUUGAAAAAUUGUGCAACGUUAGGGAGUCAAAGUGCCCGUUCGAGGACGAGAAGAAAGUGUCAGCCAGCCUAUUGACCCCAUCCGCAUUGGAUUCAUUAGUAGCCAGCGAUGAAAAGUCAUCGCCAAAAUCACUUGGUGAAGGUGAUAUUUGUUCUAAUCUCAGCCCACAAUCGGUCAACUCAAACUUCUCAGCAAAUUCGACCACGCGAGUAAGCAGCCAUUGCGCUCGAACCUGCUGGAUCCAACAGAAAAUCCCGAAGAUUACCACAUACAAAGCGGAGAAGAAAAGCUUCGAUAACGAUAGCCAAAAUUCAACGCAAAGUCAUCAUAACACACAAACAUCAGUCAUGACCACAGUCAAGUCCGUUCACUCAAUUGUUAGCGUUGCAUGGAAUGACUCACAUGUAUAUGCUCGCUGUUAUAUCAUAUCCGUUACCAUUUUAGUCAUUGCUUUACUGCUAGCCUUACUACGUGCCUAAAUUUCCCAGUUGAAUAAAAAAUCAUCACUUUUUUUUUCAUUUGUAUGUUAUUGUCAUUUAUUUAAGAAAGAAAAUUCAAAAAUGUUCACAACUCGUUAAUUGUAUCAAUAACGCGAUAUCUUUUCACCGUGAUUUAAUAAAAACCAAUAUUAAUUUAUGAUCUACGUAUAAA